GAGUGAAAGAAAAAUUUUACAGUCAAACCCCCACGUCCCGUCCUGUUCGUCUCUCCCGUCCAAGACCCCGGCGGCCAAGCCCCAGCGCCCGGCCGCCCGCCCCUCGCCGUCCCUCUCCGCCGUGCCCCUGCCUCCGCCCCACUCCGUCCGUGGGCUCGGCAGGCGACGCCGGCGUCCAAGCCCCGGCGCCCGCGCCUCUCUCCGCCCCUCUCCGCCGUGCCCCUGAUCCGCCUCGCUCCGCCCGCCCUCCCGUUCCCUGCCACGGCUCCCCUCCACCCUCGACCCCGCCUCCGCCGAGAGUAGGCCAUCCCGUCAGCGACCGAGAACGGCGCCAGCGGGGCGUCUCAAGGCGAGCCUUCUCCACUAUUUACUCCCCUCCCCCUCCUCAUUUGCUUCUCUGGUAUAUUUCUGUUCCCCAUUUCGGUAAAACCCUAGAAACUAGCACCUGAGGUUCAUGUGAAUUCGAAAUCUCGGUUUUAUUAAAUAAACCGAACUUGCCGAGUAAACUGUGCAUCUGGGCGGCUGUUUCUUGCUGAUAAAUCUUUCCUCAUGGCAAAGCCGGCCUAUGCGACAAGCAGCCUCGUUUUAGGAUAUGCUUUAUGCUCGAGCUUGCUUGCGAUCAUUAACAAGUACGCCAUCACCAAGUUCAGUUACCCUGGCCUCCUCACUGCCCUACAAUACUUGACAUCCGUGGUUGGAGUUUGGAGCCUUGGGAAGCUCGGUUUCCUCUACCAUGAGCCUUUCAACUUCCAGACUGCCAAAAAGUAUGCGCCUGCUGCUCUUGUCUUCUACCUCGCCAUAUUCACCAACACCCACCUCCUGAAGCAUGCCAAUGUCGAUACAUUUAUAGUGUUCAGAUCCUUGACCCCUCUGCUGGUUGCUGUCGCUGACACCACCUUCCGAAAGCAGCCAUGUCCUUCAAAGCUCACAUUCUUGUCCCUGGUGAUUAUCUUAGGAGGCGCGGUUGGCUAUGUGAUGACAGAUUCAGGGUUCACCCUCACGGCGUACUCGUGGGCAGUUGCUUAUCUGAUCACCAUAACUACUGAAAUGGUGUACAUAAAGCACAUGGUGACUAACCUGGGUCUCAGCACAUGGGGCUUUGUGAUCUACAACAAUCUUCUUUCACUGCUAAUGGCCCCCGUGUUUGGGGUUCUGACGGGUGAGCACCUGUCCAUCUUCAGAGCCAUUGAAUCAAGGGGCCAAGGCUGGUUCGAACUUGACGCGUUUGUUGCUGUGUCACUGUCCUGCGUGUUCGGGGUGCUCAUUAGCUUCUUUGGUUUCGCGGCAAGGAAAGCUGUCUCUGCCACGGCGUUUACAGUGACGGGGGUCGUCAACAAGUUCCUGACAGUUGCAAUCAAUGUUAUGAUCUGGGACAAGCACGCAAAUGCAUUUGGUUUGGUUUGCUUGCUCUUCACUCUGGCAGGUGGGAUACUCUAUCAGCAGUCUGUCAAAAGUAAAGGAAGUGCUCCAGCACAUCGUGAGGCUGUAGCUAACAAAGGCCGUGGUGACGAUGAUGAAGCUGAGUUUGAUCCGGAGAAGCAAAGCUUAGUUUCGUCUCCAAAGGACUCAGAUGCCUGAUACAUGUUGUUUAGCAGGUACUCAGUUUUGUCCUUUUGUCUACAACAGACACCGAGUCUUCAAAACUUGUUAUAACUAUGUAAUACAGACAAUUCAGGACGUGUUUUGUUGUUGAAGGAUGGCACACACUCACAUCACAAGUUACACACUAGAA